GUGAAAGAGCUGUUAAAAUCACAUGCGAUCUGUUGCUUCGUUAACCUUGGCAUUAAAUGAAAUCGUGAAAACUACUUCGAUUAUUUCUAGGUGUUGCGAGAAUGAAAGUGAGUUCAUUUAGGUUUUUUAUCCCGAUUUCCUCAUUCCCUUCACUCGGCAUGUCUUGAAAGUUUUGUGCUGAAAGUAAUGUUAUUUACAUCGUGAGACAGUGUAAGCCCUCAUAAAAUCUCAUGGGAAAUCAUGCAGUACAGUAAUUCCUUACAUAAUCUGAUGCACAAUAAUUGUUUGAGUGUUGUCAUGCUUCUAGAUUUGUAGUUACAUGACCAUGUCCAAAGCCAGAAUUUCUUUGCAGAAGUGAUGAUCAGGGGUAUCCACUGGUUGCAGCACUUAUGUCAGGUUAAUUUGUGAGAGAAACCAUGUUUUAGGCUCAGAAUUCUCCCCAUCUCACUUGUCUCUGAAUGGUUGUAGGAUCUAUUUCUCGCUCCUGUGGAUUGAGGUAGAAAAGCACUGAAUGCUGCCGGUUUUACUUGUGUUUUUGCAGUACAUUUCAGUCCUCCUUGCUUUUCUUUGUCUUCUCAUUUGAUAUUUCUACUUCAUUUCUCAUCGUUUCAUUCUUUGAAAGGCCAGGUCCGUACAAUGAAGUUUCAUAUGAAACAUUAGCCUCCCCUAAAAGGAUGAAGGGCUGAGGUGAACUGGGUGGGAUUUGGCCUUUAGAGCUGCAGACAGUCUAAUACUUCAUGUAUGGUGUUUACUAGGCAAAACAGAUCCCUUUUGAUAUUACUCUUGUAAAAGAUUAUAAUAUUUUAAGCAAAUUCUCAGUCUAGACAGUUUACAGCAGCUUUUUGCAAAUCACUGAUUAGUAUUACUGAAUUUUGCUUUAAAAGUGUGGAUGGGUCGUGGUGAUUUGUUUGACAGCUGGUAAACGUAGAAAAGCUCCUGUUAAUUUUUUCUGCCAAGUGUAGGAAAGUAGAGAGACCUUCAGUUCUCUGCAGGGCUUGAUUAGUAUUUUUGUACAAUAGUUAUUAUUUUUCAGUGGCGCCUAGAAACCCCAGUUGAAGUUUAAUUUUGCUAAAAGCUGUUUUAAGAGGCAGUUCCUGUCCUGGAUUGGUUAUAGUCUAAAUAAGAGAAGUCUUGGAGAUACCUGUAUUUGUUCCCAUGCAGUGAGUGUUUGCAAUCUGUUGGGCGAAUGUGCAUCUUGUAUAUACAAAAGAGAAGAAUUGUGUAUUUAUGCACGUUGACAGCUGUCUCAUGGGGUAAAGUGAGGUAGGAUUUUGGGUGUUAGGUAGCUUGUUACAGUUCCGCAUUCCAAUGUGCGCACACGUUUAUAUAGCCGUGCCACAGAUGCAUCCCUGUCCCUUUGUAAUUUGCCCUCUGUGCUUGGAAGACCCCUUUGACGGAUGGGGUUUUGCUCUUCAGUUAUGUUUUAGUAACAGUGAGUGGUUACUAGCACUCUGUCACUACCUUAUUCUUGUAAAAAGUACUCAAAAGUUGGUUAUGUGGCAGGUUGGAGUGCCCUUGACUGGGUGGUGCCUACUGCUGUUACAAAAUCUGCUCCCUUACGUAAGUGUGUGGUGCCCACUUCAUGUUCAUGCUGCAGCUGUCGAGAUUUAUUACUGCUGCUGGUGUGGGGAUAUUGUCAGUGUGUGACAUGCUACAGAGCACAAUUCUGCCUGGGAGAGAAUAGACGGGGCAGAUAAGGACUUUUCUGUUGGAGUUCAGUCUUUGGAAAGCUGCAAGAGAUUCGGGUUUUGUGGCAUAGCAUGGAUUGGACAUCAUCACAACAGAAUCAUCUACAAAAUGAACCAAUAAGAGAAUUAGAAAGACAAGAAGGGGAAAAAGAAGAUGAACAGAUAGUUGCAGAAAUCAUGAGAAGGCGUUUUUUUCCUGCUCUUAUAACUCAUAAGGCCUGGGAAGGCUUUCACUUUGCUGGCCAUGAGAUAAGAAUUACAGAAGCCACUGAUUGUUAUGGAGCAGUCGUCUGGCCAUCGGCUCUGGUUCUGUGUUAUUUUUUGGAAACUAAUUCUAAACAAUACAAUUUGGUUGACAAAAAUGUGAUUGAAAUUGGAGCUGGAACUGGGUUGGUCUCCAUAGUAGCCAGUUUACUGGGUGCACUCGUGACUGCCACUGAUUUGCCAGAACUGCUGGGAAACCUUCAGUACAACAUUCUCCAAAACACAAAACUGAAAUGCCAGCACCAGCCUCAUGUUAAGGAAUUGUCUUGGGGGAUUGAUCUGGAAAAGAACUUUCCUAGGUCUUCCUGUCACUUUGACUACAUUAUGGCCGCUGAUGUAGUUUACAACCAUCCCUUCCUGGAUGAACUCCUCCUAACUUUUGAUCACUUGUGCAAAAAUGACACUGUUAUUCUUUGGGCUAUGAGAUUUAGGUUGGACAAAGAGAACAAAUUUGUAGACAGAUUUCAGACACUGUUUGAUUUAGAGGUGAUUUCUAAUUACCCGAGCUUGAACAUAACCUUGUAUAAGGCAAUGAGGAAAGGCAGGAUGAAAGCCAGACCUUCCAAUCUGACGGUCUGAAAGAGAGAUACAGGGAGGUGACAGUUUCAGCUUGUUCUCUUUAAUAAUUUCCAUGUUAGUAGCUGCUUGAAUGAUGUUUUUAGAGAUAGCUAAAACAAAACACCAGAUUCCUCAUGCAUCCCUAACAAAUUCCUAAAUUCAAUUUGCCAAUAGUUUUAUACACAGAAGAAAUGUAUCUUUGACGUUUUGUUGAUUUAUAUGUGCUAAGCUGACACCACUAAUAACUUUCAUAGCUUAGCAUUAUUGUUAUGGGUCAUGUAAUGAAUAUUUCCAAUAGCUUUCAAUUGCAGCUUUGAAUGAUGUCUUGUGAGAUCAGCAAUCAAUUAAAAAUUAAGACUAUGAUAAAUCUUUGUAUUUAAAAGUUGUGGUGUUAAAUCUGAUCUCUCAUUCUCACUAUCAUGUAAAUCCCUCCUUUGAUUAACCUUUACAGGACAUUAAAUUAGCUAAAACAAACCCCCAAAACACAACAAACCCCAUCUGGUAAAUACACUGUCAUAAUAAAGGGACAGGCUAUAUUAAUUACCUUUUGAUUUAACGAUUAUGCUUUCUUCCCCUUCCAUUUUUUUAUUUAGAUUCAGGGAUUCUUCCACAGACGACCGCACACAGAGACAAGAGGGAGUUAAAUGUUUUGUUGCUUGAACAAAGGUCUCGGGUAAGAAAAGAACAGCAUAUCACCAACUGCUCUUUGCAAAGGCCUUAAAUUCUUGGAGGUCUGCUUCUCUAAAAAUAGAUGGUUAUCUGGACCUCAGGGAACAGCAAUGGGAAAAUGACAGUGGCCAUCAAGAGAGGAGUUUUGCGCUGCUGGCUGGUGGUGGCAGGAGGUAGAAAACUAAAUGAUCCUGGCAUGGUGUGGCCGAAGCCUGGGCAGGCUCAGAUGUUUUUUGUUUUUGUAGUAUGGGCAAACAAAAUUAUUUUCUCCUAGCCUCUCAGUAUUGUGUGUUCCUGUUCUCUGACAGGCUUCCAAGGAUGUUAAUCUGACCACAGAACUUUCUUUCAGGAAGAUUAAUAAAAUGAUUCUGUGCACUCCCCAUAUUUUCUGAUUCUGUUUGCAAUCGAGUGUGAGAGACCUUCAAGUCUCUUGCAGACUAAAGAGGAAAACCCAAAAAAAGUGCUAAUUUCCAGACAGAGCUUUACUAUC